GAGAGAGAGAGAGAGAGAGAGAGAGAGAGAGAGAGAGAGAGAGAGAGAGAGAGAGAGAGAGAGAGAGAGAGGUGGUAUAAUUGGGAGAGAGACAGUAGAGAGCGUAAACAUGGUUUACAGAAUAUGUCCGACGUUGAAGCAUCAGGUUGGAACGUAUGUGAUGCUGGAGUUGAUGGAGAACAUUAUGGGUUACAUUGCUCUGACGAUGCUCAUGCUCGUGUUGGGUUCCUUCGGACCGUCCAUGGACUCGAAAACUAUGUUCGAUUGCUUUAUCCUCGCUUUUCUCACUGCUUUCUACAAAGGCUUCUCGUUUAUUCGCAGCAAGUGCAUCGACGGCCUCUCUUGCUCCCAAAUCGCCACCAUUCAAAAUGAACAAGGGUCUGCUGGCGGCGGCUCUCUCGCCGGUCGAUCCUCUUAUGCACUGAUUCCACUGAACACCAGACGGAUCUUCGCCCACGUGGGUACCUGGACUUGGCCGCUGCCACGUCAGCUUGCCCUCGCCCUUCAGCUGUACAUCGGUUGGGAUCUCUAUCGCUCGGUUCGGGACCCCGACGACGACAACGGCGGGAAUCCAGCCGCUGGCAACUUGAAAGAUUUAGGUACGAUUUGCGAGGGCGACAAGACCACUGCCCAGCGCCUCAGAGAUUUCGUUGUCAUCACCUGCGUGUGCGUGCUGCUCUACUCUAUCCUCACAGCUUCGGUCGUGUAUCUUUCCUUCCUCUGCUCGCUGCACAGGCAGUUCACCACACCCGGUCGCAAUUGCGGCAAGUGCAACGGCAAUGGCUGGUGGUGUUUGCUCCCUUGCCGCCAUCAUUCGGACUCGGAUGAGCCAGGAUCGCAAUCCCGAUCCAGACGCAAAUCAAGGCCAGCAAGGGAGGGGUCUUCGGGGGGGGGGGGAGGCAAGAACGAGAAUGAUGCUCUCGGCAAGCCGUUUCUCGACGGAAGGGGGUCUCUUUGGGAGAGAUUAGAGCGGCUGCAGAGAGAGAUAGACUUGGCGGUCGUAUGGCACGUGCACUGUCAACGACACAGCGCUUACACGUCGGCAGAUGCGCAGUCGGACCAGGGAGGGUGUGGGUUAAAAUGCCAUUGGUUUCACGAUGUGGAGGAGCUACUGCAAAUUGUCAGAGGGAAUUUGAUAGGCAUGUCUGCGGGCAGGGUGGCGGAAGAGACGAGAUUGGCCCUCGAAGCCCUUGAGGAGCUGGCCAAAGGGAAGAAGGUUCAAGGGGUGGAACUGCUCGUUUCCGAGCAGAUGAACCUGCCACAGGCAAGUCGGUGCACAAGGGAUCUGGAUGCUUGUCGGGACUUCGCUCAAUCUCAGGGCUAUUUGGUAAUGUUGCAGGUUCUCGAGUGCUGUCCUCGCAACUCCCAAGAGGUACGACUCGCCGCUUCCAUCUUGGCAGGCUUCACGGCCGGGCUGUCAUUGCUGCCAUGGCAGCCCGACGAGAAGGAAUGGGAGGAGGGGGAGGGGGAGGUAAAGGGGGAGGGGGAGGGGGAGGGAGAGGGAGAGGAGGAGGAGGAGGGAAAGGAGGCGGGGAGAGGUGUUCUGAAGACGCUGGAGGAUGAUGACUUCGAGUACUGCACCAAGCAGAUCCUUGACGUUCUGGUCGAUAUCGUAUCCACCCCCGCCUCAGUCUCGGCCUCCCUGCUAGGUAAUAGGGUGAUUAAUGGAAACGGCAACAACAAAAACUCGCCAGCAGCGACUAGCGCAACAACAAUAACAACACUUGGGAGUCCGAGGACAACAGAAAGCCCAGAGGUCUUGAGGUCAACAAGUCGCCGUCUUUCUGCUGUUGAGCCAGACGGCGGAGGCGAGUCGGACGUCGACGACGACCUCUCGGCACUCCGAGAAGCCGCCAUGUCAGCGAUCUGCGCUUUCGCGCUCGCCGCGAGCGACAUUCACGCACACGUGCGGUGUCCCGAAUGGAGCCGGCGGGCCCCACGGAACGAGGGGGAGGUGGCCGCUCCCGGAGGCCAACUCCAGGAGCAAUCGGCAGGCCAGGUGUGUGGAAAACCCCGGGACAUGUGUGCGAAUCACAAUGAUAAAGGCUGUGCUCGCAAUCCUGGCGGGUCCCUUGCUGACUCCAUUGGAAUUUCCGGCAGCGGUUCCUCGAGAGGCCAAUCGAACCCAAGCACCGGAUUGAACGACCCCCAGGCCAGCGCCGGUCGGGGGACAUUUUCAAGUCCAAGCCACAACGGUGGCCAGAUUCCCACGGAGGUCCAUGGGACCAUUGGGACCACUCUCAUUCCGUUGAUACCCACUGGUAUGCCUACAGGAGAAAGAGAUUUGGUGGUAUCCACAGGUCACGAUGACGCAAUGGAUACACAAGCGCAGUCUGAAGAUCGUGAACCCCAUGGACAAUCACAAGACUCCGAAGACAGCUCGUUAUGCUCUGUAAAUGUUUUCCAGGAGCAAUCUGACCACGGUUCAAACCCAGCUGCGCGGAAGCGUUCUGUCGCUUCGUCUCCUAUCCGCCAGCACAGGAACAGCAGUACCAGACUGGCCAAUGCUUACACAACGUUGUGCCCCACCGGCUGGCUUCUGCGGACUGGCGAUCCUAAUCUGGAACGGGCUCACGAAGUGUGGGUGGCCACUGUUACUUCUGUCCUGGGCUCAUCAGCCGCUGUCAAGACGCUGCUGAUGUAUGCGACCAAUCAAUUCAAGCUGCCUAGCAAUUCUACUCUCAUUUCGGACUCUGUCAGGACCUUAUCCUCUCUCUUCUCCAGUAGGAUGAUCUACUGGCAUAGAUUUGACAAAAAACUGACUGAAACCGCCGAUUUCCCUCCUCCUCUUUGCUGUCUGGACUCCUCUAAGGUCCACGAAAUCACUGAGCUGAAGUCACUAGUCGCCCGUUGUCUCACGGACAAAAACGACCCGCCGUCAACUCCGUCGUUAUCCCCAUCAUUGCCAUCUUCGCUGUCGGUUUUGUCAAAGCUUCACUUGGCAAAGAUCCUCCUUUCGCAGAACAUAAGGGACAUCGACAAGGAAAUUGCAGAGAUGCUGCUGCAGUGCCUCUGCUUCUGCCGACAAGCAGUCGGUGCCCGGGAGUUUCGAUGGUUUGCCUUUGAAGUCAUCGAGGCCCUUCGCGACCUAUUCUGCAGUUCAAACGAUAAAUCCGUUCUCGAGGGCGUGAUUUGUACCUCUCCAGGAGGAGUAGAUUGCCUCAGACUGUUGCUCGUCUUCAACGUUACCCACAUCCGUGCAGUCCGGUUCCCGAUCAAAGGCAAGGACUUGACAGGAGAGGCCUUUGACCGCAAGUUCGCAGAGUCGCUUUCUGUGGAAGGCCGCAAGAACUCCUGGUGGAUCCAGGAUUCCCAGGAGAAGGCAGCGUCAGCAAAGCCCCAGUACAAUCAUAGGUCUGUCAUAGCUGCAGCCGGGCUCUUAGCAGAGUUGUUCGAGUACUCGCUGGGAGAAUCUGGGGCCAUUUUGUCUCCAGGGGUCAGAAAGAAAGACUUUUUCCUCACACUGUUCAAAAGCAUAAGCCCAAUCCUUGAGACUUGUAUGAAAGAGUUGACUGCGGAGAACGAUGGUGAAUCUCAAUCUGAAAAGUGGACUCAGAGCGAUGGAAAAACAGCAGCGUGUUGUAUGGACUUCGUCUUCAAACAAGUUGGAUCCGUCAAAGAGGGAAUUUUCCUGCUGUUUCGCAACUUGGAGGCCCGAGUUCACUGGCUAUUCUGGGACUCCAUGGGAAAACCGGUUUGGCGCCCGGCAUUCAGGUUUAGUGAGAACAUUAACCCCUUUAUAACCGGAGAUGGGGGCAACAAGAUUGCCCAGGACCAGUUUGAGAUAAGAGUGAAUGCAAUUCUGGGAAGGAGAAACACUGUACGAAUCAUUCACAGUCUUCUGCAGUCAGGAGAGUAUCAGCAUCAGGUCCUGAUGGAUCCGGAGCACUUGGACAUACUCUUUCCGUCACUGGUCAAACUGAUAACCAUACCACCUCCCUCUCACAAGCUGCUCUCACAACUUGAGCUCGAGAAUUGGGAAGCAGACUGCAACAGCAAGGUCGAAGAGUGGGCGGCUGAGAUCCUCGUGGACAUGAUCCAACGAGAGCAUCUGCAUGAAACACAAAUGAGCACACACACACCGACACAUACCCAGGCAAAGAAAAAGCAGACUGAGUCGCAGAAGGAGAUGAGGAUGCAGGCACUUGACGCAAUGAGUGAACUGAAGCUUUGGGCAAGGAAAAUGGACCUCAAGGGAGGGAGGAGUCAGAGAGGGGGAAGGGAUCUAGAGAGAGGUGAGCACACCGCAAAGCUCAUUGACGAGUUGCAGAAAAUCAUGAGGGCAAGUCACACCCUCCACCAUCCACAGAAAACUGAGAUUCGAGGAGCCUUUUGCGGACCAUUAUCCUACUCCCUACUAGGGUCCUAGAAACGUCCAGCCGCAGGAAGCCAUUGAGCGGGUUUAAGUUAUUGAGAGUACAGUGUGCACUGUUCUAAGAUGGUGGGCACAUCGAGAUCUUCGUUCUACCUAUGCGAACAGUGUAGCCUGAGAUUGUGGGAGCGUGGAAGCAUCUUAUACCACUGGGAUAGAGGCCUAGCACAAGGGCCAAAGUAUGUAAGGGGCCCACUGCUGACUCUAAUAAUUAUUUUCCUGCUGGAGCAGGCUAUUUCCAUUUGGUCAGUUUCUCCCUCCAGGGUUGGAGGAAGGGGUUUUCUGCUGCUCAUUAUUUGCCUUCUUCUCGUUUCUUUCAGUUACUUGGUCUCCUUUUGGGGGAGUCAUUAUAGCUCUCUGAGCAUUUCUUUCCCCAAUAAAAAGCUACCGUCUUCCCCUGAACAAAACACAUCCUGAUAA